AUGCUUUCCAUUUCUCUUAUGUCUCCCCCUACUAUUGAGAGUACGGAGGAUAUUGAUGCGGCCGUUGCAGAACUAACAGAAGCUUUCCGCUCGGCUACUAAUAUUGCCUGUAAACCUUCCGCCAAGAGAGGAAAAUCAAAGCCUCCGUGGUGGAAUCUCGACAUUGCGCGCGCUAGAAAAGAGUGUCGUAAGCUGUUCAAUGAGGCCAAGAGAUCAAAUAACUGGUCUCCCUAUAAGUCCUCUGUGAACUACUUUAAGAAUAUGAUUAGGAACGCGAAGAGGAAGGCAUGGAGGGACUUCUGCUCUAAUGUUGAAGGAUCCUCUGAAACCAAUCGACUUCGUAAGAUUCUGUCAACUACACAGGCUGUACCGAGUUACAUUCAAAAACCCUGUGGUAGUUGGACUACGUCUAGCAGGGAAUCUCUUGAAGUCCUGUUGGAUACUCACUUUCCGGGAUGUCAGCCCAUUGAAGAUAAUGGAAUAAUGACUACCCUGGAUCACAACACGACAAAUCCCAGCUCUGUUAUCAUCAAUAGAGAGAGAAUUUGUUGGGCUCUUAACAGUUUUGAUCCAUACAAAUCGCCGGGUCCUGACGGUAUUAUUCCAGCAGACCUUCAGAAAAAUGAAGAUCUUUACGUGGAUGAGGUAUAA